AUGUUGUAGGACUCAUCGUCAUUAUCUACAACGGAGGAUUCAUCUUUUGGAAAAAAAUAUAAAUAAAUUAAUAAAUAUAUAAAUAAUUUGUAUACAUAUAUAUUUAUAAAUCAAUUUACCAUUGUUUGGUGUCAAGCCAAGUUCAUCUAUAACGUAGAAAAUGAUGUCUGAAGAUUCAAGAUUAUUAUCAUCAUUAUCAUUCACAAAGUGGAAUGCGUUGUUUUCUGUAAUAAACACAAAUAAAUAAAUAAAUAAAAAUAAAUAAAAACAACUUACCCAUGAUAGCAGAAUAAAAAGGUGAAGUAGAAGUCUAAAAAUAAAAUAAAAAAUACGAACAAAAAUAUUCGCGAGGAUGAUCAACAGAGCUAUUCUUUCAAAUAACAGUCAACAGUGUUAAUAAACUGAUGGUUAAUGUAAGAAUAUGAAAAUCUGAGCGGAAGACUCUAAAUAUAAGACCCUGUACCACCACCAUCCCUACCAUUACAUUUCGAAUGUGGGGGCGUUUCUUCUAGGGUGGUGAUUUUUUCACUUCAUUAGGUGGUGGUUGUUUCUUUUUAUCUAUUUGGUGGGAGUGGAUGGUUACUUGUGAGUGGUUGACAACAAGGGUGUAGGUGUAAACAGUGAAUUCCAGAGUGGGGUAUUUUCUUUAAAACCAUUUGUAUUCUGAAGAAUUAGACAGUCUAGAAUUUUUAUUUAAUUCUUAAAAUCAUUGGCAAUAUGUCAGUCAGGGCAAACGUGAUUGAGGAAAAUUGGGACGACGAUUGCGGCGGGCCUUCCUUUUUUGACACAGAUUUUUACGUAAGGACGGAGAAUCUACCGAUCAUCCGGUAUCCACCUCACGGUCUCACUCGUGGGGAAAGAAAGGCGUUUAGACGUCGCGAGGGUGAACGUCACCAACGAUUGAGGAGAGAGGCUGAGGUAGAUGCGGCAGCGGAGGACGCUGAGGUGGUGGCAGCAGAGGCGGUGGCUAAGGCCACUGUAGCCAAAGCCGAAGCGGCAGAGCGCCGCGCCGUUGAGGCUGCGGCGACACUUGCUGGUCUCCAAAUAGAGGCUAGACGGCUCCGCAUCAUUGCGGAUUCAUCAAGUGCAACAGCGAGGGGAAUAGCCGUCUCCCUCGAUGCAAAAAGACGGCAUAAAUAA